AUGGAAGGUGUAAAUGCCGAUAAUCACCAAGUGCUCUUUCUCACCGCUGGUGAGGUAGACAAACGCAUUAAAGAGGCGCUUUAUUCCAAUGACGUCGGCUGUCCAGAAACUGUGCUUUACGAGCUUUCUCAGGCCACUUAUCAUGACAUAUUUAUGAAGCGGAUAUCUAAGGCAGUGUGGCGCUGCUUAAAUUCCAGUGCAACUCGCUGUAGGCGCAUACAAAAGGCCCUCACGUUGCUCACGUACCUCGUCAUAAACGGAGCCGAUGCGUGCACCAUCGAUGUAAUCAACCACCUCGAUGACAUUACGACACUUCAUAACCUCGUUCUACCGGCACCGAACGGGGAACUCGAAUAUAUAAUUAAGGAGAAAGCAAUAAAUCUGGUGAACCUUGUUUGUGACCCGGAGCUGCUCGCAAAAAAACGCAGGGAGUUUGCCGCCCUGCGAUCGCGCUUCGUCGCAGUGAGCUCCAACAAUGGACAUGUGGAGACUCAAGUGUUACACAAACCCAUAUAUGCCGUAGAAACUCGACCAGGCAUCCCCUUCUCGAUAGCGGCGAGUGGUUCGAAGAUGUGGAACUUCCUUACCAAGCGUGGCGAUGACAAAGGAAAGCCCCCCAAGAAAUUUAGCAUCUUUAACCUGUUAAAGAAAGACCCUGAAUCAACUAACAACACCGCCAUGCGCGUACCAGUGUUGCGUACUGUAGACGGCAGGACGACGGUGGAGUACCGAAAUCAGCCCAUAUACGCCAGAGCCGACAGGUACGACAAAACCAUAGGCGACACAGGGUACUUAUUCAGACCGACUUACCACGUGUCAUCUGGCAGUUCCUAUGAUACGCGAAGCAUCAGUGAUGACCAAUCGGAGUCAUCUCUGGAAUCUGAAAGUGAUGUACCCAAACGCAGAGAGGUAUACCACAGGAGCGUUGUUGACUCCCUUUCCAGAUCGACCAGUCGCAGCCACAGUGCCAGCGAUUACGAAACAUCUUGGGAGGAGUACAACGAGCGUCGUGGCUUAUAUCCUGCGAAAAAAGAACUUGCCAGACGAUCCACCCACGCCAUGACUGAGAGUCAUAGGAACGAGUUGUCGCCCAUCAAACAGAAUAUCUAUCCACAUAUUGACCGUGACGUACCACAUGGUAGGCGCAGUAGCAGGCACUUAGGUGAGGAUGCAUACACCUAUAAUUAUUACGCUGAAGAAGAUAUUCCCAGCAUCGCUGAUGAGCCCAGCCGUCUAAGUCUCCAUGUCGUGCGAACCAGUAACGAGCCGCAUCUAAAAUCACAUCAUGAUUUCAAAAACCAUGGGAUAGCUGGCUUUCACGAUGGUGUCCCGGGGGCAAGACGCGCCACUAACCCGUUCGGGCAUAUGACACGCUAUUGA